AUUAAUUUUUAUUAAAAGACUGUGGAUAAAAUUAACUAAAAAAAAAGUGAAGUUUGUGGUUGAAAAAUUACAAGAAAUUUAAGAGCAAUUAGAGAGACUGUUGUUGAUAAUAAAAAAAGCACGUGGUGGAAAAAAGCACUAACAGUUUAAAUAGAAGUGAUAGACAAGGAAGUCAGGGUGGUUCGUGGGGGGUCGGGAGGCGCGGACGCCCUGGCGACUGCCGGGGUGGUGUAUCCGCCCGCGACGGCGAGCCUGUUUCCUGGUCGCGUGCCAGCGGGACAUCAUCACCCCGAGCUCACCGGCACGUUGGAGCUGGGGUUCCCGCCCCGCGGCACCACCGCCUCGAUGGCGCUGGUGGCCCCGCCACCCUCGUGGACCUCGCGGGACCCCGGGGCCACGGGACUCACCGGAAAUAACUCGGGGCAGCCGCUCCAGGUAUGCCCGCCGCCGAUGCCCCCGACGCACUUGACGCCCUCCGCCACCCCCGAAGACAUCACCUGUCUGGUCCCCGUGGGGAACGUUCUCUCCUCCAGGGACCCUUUGCCCCCCAGCACCACUCCCGGGAGCCAGGCCAACAGUUCCCAGUCCGGAAGCUCCCAGACUGAUAAAUCUCCAAAUAUUGAGUGCGUUGUCUGCGGGGACAAGAGCAGCGGCAAACAUUACGGGCAGUUCACUUGUGAAGGAUGUAAAAGUUUUUUCAAAAGAAGUGUACGAAGGAAUUUAACGUACUCGUGUCGAGGAAAUCGUAAUUGUCCAAUAGAUCAACAUCACCGUAAUCAAUGUCAAUUUUGCCGGCUGAAGAAGUGCCUGAAGAUGGGCAUGCGCCGGGAAGGUAUGCAUUCGGUCCAAAGAGGAAGAGUCCCUCCGUCGCAGCCGUCUUUGCCAGGUUUGCCAGGUCAAUUUGCGCUGUCGAACGGGGACGCGGUGGCCUGUGCCAGCCUGAACGGACACUCGUAUCUCUCGUCGUACAUCAGCCUCCUCCUGAGAGCGGAGCCUUACCCGACGUCGCGAUACGGCCAGUGCAUGCAACCCAACAACAUAAUGGGGAUCGACAAUAUAUGUGAAUUAGCCGCGAGAUUACUGUUCUCCGCGGUGGAAUGGGCGCGAAAUAUUCCCUUUUUUCCCGAUCUCCAAGUCACCGACCAGGUGGCGCUCCUCAGGCUAGUGUGGAGUGAAUUAUUCGUACUGAACGCGAGCCAGUGCUCGAUGCCGCUUCACGUGGCACCCCUGUUGGCGGCGGCGGGUCUCCACGCGUCACCAAUGGCCGCGGACCGCGUCGUCGCGUUCAUGGAUCACAUUAGGAUUUUUCAAGAGCAGGUGGAGAAACUCAAGGCGCUUCAUGUGGAUUCUGCUGAGUACAGUUGUCUCAAGGCGAUCGUCCUCUUUACAACUGACGCAUGCGGGUUAUCAGACGUAGCGCACAUCGAGUCCCUCCAGGAGAAAUCUCAAUGCGCAUUAGAAGAGUACUGCCGAACACAGUAUCCGAACCAGCCAACCCGGUUCGGAAAACUGCUCCUGAGACUGCCAUCUCUAAGAACAGUGUCAUCCCAGGUGAUCGAGCAGCUAUUCUUCGUCCGACUGGUCGGAAAAACCCCGAUUGAAACCCUGAUCCGCGACAUGCUGCUCAGCGGCAGCAGUUUCAACUGGCCCUACAUGUCCACAAUGUGACACUCUGUAUGGCGGCAGCUAGCUUCCGCAUAACAAUAAUCAUACUAUCCAUCGCCUUGCCAUUGGCCAUAAAAUGGUCUCUGGUCAAUGCUCUGGUACCUCCAAAUCACUUUAAUUCUUCGACAAUAUAAAUGUGGAAUUGGAACAGUCAAAAAAUCA